GAAUUCGAGAAAUAAAUCUUGUGGGUGAAAAUGAUCUGUUUCUGAACACGGAUGAGCCCUGUGGGAUAGAGACGCUUGAAGGUAACAGAGAGGCAGAGCUCAUGAACCAGCUGGUGCCUGUCUUUUUUGGUAGGAACCCCGACUGGGGCAGCACCUUCAGGUCUAUUUACUCAGCUUUCAUCACCAGCCAGCAGGUGCUGGAGCUGCUCUUCCCAAGUGCCGUGCCCAUCAACCCGGGUACCUGGAUGGAGCAGUACAGCGAGGCUUUCCAUCAGCCUCUAGGCCUCAUGAUUCUCCAGCUGCUGCUGCCUUACCUUCAACUGUACAUGGGUGGCUUGAAUCUGGAGCGCCAAGCACACCACCUGCUGGCACAGCUGGAGGAUGGCAAGUCCAGCGAGGCAGAGCCUGAGUUCCAGGAGGCCUGGGCUACAGACUCACUUCCAAUGCCCACCCCAGGGCUAGAGCCUCAUCAAGGAGCUGCUCUUGUGGCCAGUGAAGGAGCAGCACCAUCGCCAGAGGCAGAGCUCAAGUCCAGUACCCCCAAGGUCUCUGCUCCGAGCUCCACAGUACCUCUGUACAACCAGCGAGUGGGAGACAGCUGCUCCAUUCAUGUCCAUCUAGAAAAUCAAAGGCGAAUGGAGUAUAAGAACAUCGUGGUGACCUGCCAGGAUAGGGCACCCGCGGUCAUACGGAGGGCCUUACAAGAACACUUGCUCAAUGAGGAGGAUCCAGAGGACUUUGAGCUGCUUCAGAUUGUGUCGGAGCAUAAGAUGCUGAGGAUCCCUGCUGAUGGCAAUGUGUUUUAUGCCAUCAAUCCCCGCGUGGACUUUGAUUUUGUCCUCAGGAAAAGAGUCACCAGGAAGUGGGCCAACAGCAAGACAAAGGAGUUCUUGGAGUCCACUUCUUUGGUGACUCCCAGGAUACCACAAGCUGUGAGCAGCAGCUCUUCAGUGGCAGCCAGACCACUGCCCCAGGCCACUGAAAGCAAGGACUCCGGUACCAAUAGUGUCACCAACAGCAGUUCCCUACUGCCUCAUUACAACGAGCAGGCAGAAGACAGCAGCUUCAUACAGGUCCACCUGGAGGAGCAGACCAGGAGAAAUUCACAGCACAUCCUGUUGUCAGAAUCAACUUCUGAGGCCUCAGCCAUGGAGUGUACCAUCAGCCCAGCCUCCAGUCACAUCUCUUCUCAACAGGCUAGGCCCAACCCGACGGCCACAAAACACAUGAAGAAAUCCAGGGCCAUCGGAUACAUAACGGGCAGAUGCUCAUGGCCCCGGUCCAAGAAACAGGUGAAAGACAGCUGCCUCAUAAAUGUCAGACUGGAGCACCAGAAUGCAAAGGAUGGCAAGACUAUCCUGGUGACAUGCAACGACAGGGCUCCUACGGUCAUUCGCAGGGCCCUGGAACAUCACUUGCUGAUGCAGGAGAAGCCACAAGACUAUGAACUGGGACAAAUCAUCUCCCAACAGCACAAAAUGAAGAUUCCAAAGAAUGCCAACGUCUUUUAUGCGAUGAAGCCACAUGUCAGGAGAGACUUCAUCCUGAGAAAGAGGACCUAUCCUCAGGAUGAAAAAGAUGACUGGAUCCCUCCCCAACCUCCCUCUUAUGAGGCAACUCGGGUGCGACAUCACCGCUGGAACCUGUGGACAAGAAUCUGCUCCUGUCUCUCUGGGCAGUGCUAAAGCAUUGCAUCAUGGAUGAUCAAUGAGAUUGAUUUCUAAAAUGUUUACUCAUCAAUUCCAUACAUAAUUGGACCUUAAGUCUUUGUUAUUAAAAUAUGUUUCUGUAUUCUGA